GCAACUUUGAGCUGAUGAUGCAGGAAAGUAUUUCACUGGUGCACGGAUAGACCUCCAAUGGAAGAGUCAGGUGAUAAUGAGAGCAGCUUGAUGCUGAUAAAAGAGUGGGUUGCCACACAAUCAUUUCCAGAUGAAGUGCUCACUGAUUUACACCUACUGAACUUUCUGCGAGGAUGCAAGUUCGACCAACUAAAAACCCGGGAUAAAUUAACGCACUACCUUCAGCUGAGGUCAAGCAAAAGCGAGUUUUUUCACGAUAGGGAUCCCUGCGGUGAGAGUUUAAGGGAAGCUAUUUCAAGGGGAAUAAUGAUAUCGUCGACCAUUGAAAACUUCGAAAUUGUGAUAGUGAGGUGGAAGUACUGCGACAUAAAGAAGGUAUCUCUUAUCAACGCAUCAAAGUUGGGCUUUAUGCUCUUUGACGUUUUCAUGAACGAAAGCCCCACUUGCAUGAUUAAUGGCCACACUGUAAUUAUAGACUGUGAAAAUUUACCUUUGGGCUACGCUCUGCAGUUAUCCCCCAGGUUCAUUCGGGAACUCAAACACGUUGUCUUCAAGGCGUACCCAACGCGAAUUAAAGCCAUUCACGUGGUCAACUGUUUUCCAGGGGUAGGGACCAUGUUCAAUAUUUUUAAGCCCAUUUUACCGGUGAAAAUAGUGUCGAGGAUACAUUUUUACAAAGCUUCGAGCAUAAGUGAACUUCGUGCUCACAUUCCACCUUCAGUACUUCCAAAAGACUACGGCGGGGAAGGGGAAACGUUAGACACGCUUAGAGAUGUAACAAGAAGUAUGUUCGAGGAGAGAAGGUCCUGGUUUCUAAAAGAACUUUCUGAUGCACGACGUCAAAGAAAAAGUCCACCACAGCAAUUUGAAUGGGGGACUGUAUAUGCCCACUAAAGGUGUUACAACAAUUUGCUCUGGUGUAGAAGGUGGUAUUAGAAGAUUUAUGGACGCACCUGAAGGUAGAAAAUGAAAAUUUUUUUGAAACUUUUAUCAUUGCAAUUUCGCAGAAGUUUUAUCGGCAAGGUAAAGUUCUUUUUCCACAUUUGGAGGAACAUUUCAUAGACUAUUCCACUAUAACUAAUAAUCACACCGCAUCAUUAAUUAAAGCAAUUGUAGGUGCCUAAUAUAUGUUCGCAUUAGAUUUUUUAAUUUGUCUAAAAGAUUCACUUCUGUAAUUCAAGGGAAAAGUAUUAGGCAAGAACUAAAUAAAUUAAUAUUGUUUAAUUAAUAAUUGUGUUUCUGAUGUGUAGUUUUAUAAUUAUAGGUGAGCUUGCUAAGUACAUCAGAUCAGGUAUGAAACUCUAAGUAUUCAUUAAUAGGUACCUUCGUUGUACUCAAGGAUCAAAUACUCAAUUGUCUUCUGAAAAAUCACAAUAUACAUAUUUGGUUUUUGGACUCAGUACCAUGUAGUUAUUGGUAAACCAGAGUCUAAGGAGAAGCAGGUCGUGUUCCAUACUUAGUUUAGGAUUCUCAGUGGUACCUGAUCUGUAAACUGAAAAAGAACUGAAAAAAACAACCCGUGCUAUUUUCAAUAAAGGGAAAUUAAGUUCAAAAACCGUCGCGUUUCCACCUAUUCCAUACAGAUCAUUCUAUAUUUAUAAUCUUUUCAAUUCCCUAUUCCGUCAAGUCAUUUCCAGCAAUAGCUUUGGUCAGCUUUACAGGAAAAAAUGUCUUCUGAAGGUCUACCUCGUUAGACAAAGCGGUCAAAGGUGUCAUGAUUCUUAUUUCGUCCUCAUCCAAUGCGUCCCUUGCGGACACUUUGCCAAUCUGCAGUUUGAUGAAAGUGUUGAGUUGUAAGGCCACUUUUGGUCAGUUUUUAGAAAGCAAUCUGGAUGGAGAUAUUUUGAUUUUGUGGUCAGCAAUCUAUCAAGAUUUCCAGAAGCCAACGGUACAGAUUUUUUUGUGGUACUAAAACUAUUACCAUCCAGAGGUAAACAAUUCAGAUCAAUGACGGGCAGCUGAAAGCAAAAUAGGACAAACAAUAGUAGAAAUUAAUGAAAUCCUCACCAUGCGUAAAUGUCUAUUAA